AUGGUUGUGUCUGGAGAGUUUGGUAGUCAAGGAGUAUCGAAAAUUUGCUCCUCCAUGGGAGGCUGGUCAGUGCUCCCAUAUGAUCUUCUAGUCGAAAUAGCAAAGCGCUUGAUUUUUGAGGAUUUUGUUGCUUUUAGUGCUGUAUGUAGUUGGUGGAGAUCAUCGGCAAAAAAGAUGGGUUUCUUCAACUCAUAUAAUCCUCCAUUACUAAUGUAUUUUGAAGAUCAACCACCAACCAAAAUAGUCAAAUGCUACAGCUUCUCAACUUGUAAGACAUACAAAAUUCCUUGUAAGACAUACAAAAUUCCCUUGACAAAGCUUAACCCACAUAGAGUUUUUCUCUCUUUACCAUGGCUAAUCAUAGUUGAACAAGAUUUCCAUUCAAUUUUCUUAUUCAACCCUCUCAAUGGUGUCCAAAUUGAGCUUCCAUCUACAUCAAACCCUCGAAUUUUGUCUGAACCCGGUAGAUUUCUGGCUUCCAUUGAUAAGUUUGUUCUAUCAGCUUGCCCUUCCAAGACCUCAGACUACAUUUUAGCAAGUAUUCAUAGAUACCCUUUUGGUCUCUCUUUUUGGAGACCAGGACAAACCCCAUGGAAUAAUGCAAAAGUCAUGAUGGAAACUGAUAAUGACAUUGCAAGUGUAAUCUUUCACAAGGGCCAUUUUUAUGGUUUGGAUAAAGGAGGUAAGUUUUUCAAGGUCUUCUUGGACAUGAAUGAUAUGGGGAUCAAGUUGAGGGUUCUUUCUGUGAAUAAAGAAAAAUGUAAACUAACUCACAUUGAGGAUUUGUACCUGGUGGAAUCAGCCGGAGCCUUAUUGAUAGUGUCAAGAAGUGCAUCGUGGAAGCCUGACAAAAUAUGUGAGUUCAGAGUUUAUGAGGUGAAUAUUGUCGAUGGGAAGUGGACAAGGAUGAUGAGCUUAGGGGAUUUUUCUGUUCAUGCAUUGGAUGAAUGCAAGCCUAAUUGUAUAUAUUUCAUAAAUGUUACCACCUCUAGUGGAGCUAUUCGCGAUGAAGACAGACACCGUUUGUGUGUACAAUUUUCAAGAUAG